AGGCAUCCUUCCUCCAUCAAGACUCCUCUCUGAAACCCUGCCCACAUUUGUAUUGUUUGCUCUGCAGAGGACAUCACGCCUUUAAAUAUUCUUCCCUCCCGUCCUCCUCUCUUCAUCCUACUCCAGCACUCAAGCAAUCAAAAAGACUGAAGAUCAACGAUCGCUGAACACCGAGGAAAGCGGUCAGUUUUGUAGACUGGCUGCACCAAUAGCACAUUGCUAUAUUCGUGGUCGACUUUCUCCUCCCAGCACCUCAGCACUCUUGUGUGAGAAUUGCAGCGAUUGUCCAGCUGGUCACUAGCCUUGGAAAAGCUGUUAUCCGAAUACUGCGCGGAAAGAGGGUGGCGAAGAAGAGCGAGUAGGCUGAAGAUACAAGUUUGUUGGAAAAUAAUAUAUAUUUCAUUUGGAACAUUUCUAAGUUUAGUUCACAAUGUCUCUGUCUGUACCCCAUAAUGGAAUCAAGGCGGAUAACGAACCCGUUAUCGAGCUCUUUGUGAAGGCGGGAAGUGAUGGCGAGAGCAUUGGCAACUGCCCCUUCUCCCAGAGACUCUUCAUGAUCCUGUGGCUGAAGGGAGUGGUCUUCAACGUCACCACAGUGGACCUGAAGAGGAAGCCUGCAGACCUCCAGAACCUGGCCCCAGGCACACACCCUCCCUUCAUCACCUUCAACGGGGAGGUCAAGACAGACGUCAACAAGAUAGAGGAGUUCUUGGAGGAUGUCCUCAGCCCACCCAAGUUCACCAAGCUUAGUGCCAGACACCCUGAGUCCAACACAGCUGGGAUGGACAUCUUUGCCAAGUUCUCAGCCUUCAUCAAAAACUCAAAACCCAAUGCCAACGAAGGUCUGGAGCGUGGGCUGUUGAAGACCCUGCAGAAGCUGGAUGAGUACCUGCGCUCCCCACUGCCCGACGAGAUCGACCACAACAGCAUUGAGGACGUCAAGACCUCCACUCGCAAGUUCCUGGAUGGUGACAACAUGACACUGGCUGACUGCAACCUUCUUCCCAAGCUGCACAUCGUCAAGGUGGUGACCAAGAAGUACAGAGGCUUUGACAUCCCCAAGGACAUGAUAGGUAUCUGGCAGUACCUGCAGAACGCCUACACACACGAGGAGUUCACCAACACCUGCCCCAGUGACAAAGAGAUCGAGAUCGCCUACCAAGACGUGGCCAAGAGGCUGAUCAAAUAGGCCCCCCCCCCCUUACACCCAACACUGGGACUGGUCUGUUUAGACACGAGAAAGAAAACUAUGGACUACCUUUCCUUCUCUCCUAAUUUAGAGCAAACACAAUGCAUGAGCUCCUUUGUUCUUACUUUUCCCUUUUAUUUUUGGAGAUCUCUUGAGUACAUGAAGCAGCUCAGAAAGUUUACUGACGGUCCAUUGUUUAUAACUUUUUUAGGUUUUCUCUUUGAUAUGAUGAUUUGAAUGGCGAUCUCUCAGAUCAGACGCAGGCUGGUGUGUAUCAGAGCUUAUCAGUGUUGGAGGGCAAUCUAAACACACUCCUUAUGAAGUGGCCUUCCGGCUGACCCUCUGUCUCCUCGUGGGAAUAUGGUCACAACCUGUGUUUUUCCGUUCAGCUGUUCAAUAUUAAUUUGCUUUUUAGGAUUGCUAUGAAAGUGAAAAUUACAAGGCUGAAAUUGUGUUUUGUGUUUUGGCUACAGAGUUGAUUUAUGCAGUGUUGAAAGAUUCAGUGUUUUUGGCUCUAGAGGAUAAAUGAAGGCAGGUGUCACUGCAUGUAGACAGACGCUAGGCCAAACCACCGAGUUUGACAUACUGGUGCGAUAUGCUUCAUUUUACUGUUGCGUUGCUUAAGUCAAUUGCAACAACUAUAAUAGAAGUAAGGCUACAUGUUUUCCAUGCUCUGAUACCAUUUUCCUCCUUGACCUUAUGCUGAGCUCAGUCAGGGCUUUCCGAGAUGUACCUGUAGCAGGUGCUUGGAUGAGAUGUUUUCAGCUCAGGACAAUGGAACCUGAGAUUAAUGAAAUAUGUAGCAAUGAAAUAUUAGAUCAUAUCUAGCAGAAAAAAACAACCAUUUAGACUUCAUCACUGCAUUGCCUCACAUCACUGCUCCAUAUAGACACUGACACUCUGGGCAGUGAAGCUCUAUUUUACCAGAAAUAACAUCUGUUUUUUAUUUUCUCCUGUAAAGCAUGAAGAGAAGUCUUUAGCUUGUGUUGUUCUGGCAGCAGUGGUAGCUUAUAUUAUACUCCAGCCACCAAAAAGGGCACAUUCAUUCUGGUCUCACUGUGGAUUGAAUGACUCCUGCUAUCUAAACUAGUGAAGUAUAAAAACCACACACUUUAUCUUUCUCCCAUAGAAUACAGAGGAACGGUAAUGUGCAUCAGGGAAGAUGACACUAAAGAUAUUUAUGAGAAAAGGAAUCGGGGAGAGGAGAAUGGUAAUAUAAUGAAUAUCAUGUAGGAUUUAAUUUUCUCAUCAUUUCAAAUGCUCUCAAAAGGUAGUGAAUGUAUUCUUUCGUAGUUCCAAAAUGCUUUAGUGUGGAUAAAGCAAAAAUAUAUAUUGUUUUUUUAUCUCCUCGUGUUUUGCCGCCAUCUUUUCAGACAUUUGUUGUAAUACACAUUUCAUAAAAGGAAUUGUAAAUAUUGGUUUUGAUUAUUCAGAAUUCAAUGUGUACAUUUUGUACACUUAUUGGUUUGAUUUUGGGGAAAAUAGGCAUUUUUUACCUGCUUGGGUUUUAAUACUAGAAGACAUCUCCUUUGGCCUUUUUUGUUUUCUCCUGCGCAGAAGGUUUUCCAAAAUCACUGUAAUGACGUGUAUGUCAAUGUCAGAAGAAAAGAUCCAGAUUUUUUUUUAAACAAUAUUGAUUUUAUUGAAAUAAACCUCUUAUUGGCA